AUGGAAGAUUACUCGAAGUAUACUCAUAGUCCUGCUCAUUUAGCGGUAGUGCUUCGUGAUCAUGUGGCUCUAAGGCGAAUCGUGACUGAUCUUCCUCGGUUAGCCAAAGCCGGUGAAGUUACCACAGAGGCAGAGUCAAUGGAAUCCGAAGCUCGCGCCGAUUCCGUUUCAGCUGUAAUCGAUCGUCGUGACGUUCCUAAUCGUGAAACUCCAUUGCAUCUCGCUGUUCGUCUCCGUGACCCAACCUCCGCCGAGAUUCUAAUGUCCGCCGGUGCGGAUUGGAGUCUACAGAACGAGAAUGGCUGGAGUGCGUUGCAGGAAGCGGUUUGCACAAGAGAAGAAGCGAUCGCGAUGAUCAUUGCUCGGCAUUACCAGCCGCUCGCUUGGGCUAAAUGGUGCAGGAGGCUUCCUCGGAUCAUCGCGUCGGCGUCGCGAAUCCGUGACUUCUACAUGGAGAUCACUUUCCAUUUCGAGAGCUCGGUGAUUCCCUUUGUUGGCCGGAUUGCUCCGUCGGAUACUUAUAGGAUAUGGAAACGAGGAUCGAAUCUCCGUGCGGAUAUGACUCUCGCCGGUUUCGAUGGUUUCAAAAUCCAACGGUCAGAUCAAACGUUUCUCUUUCUCGGAGAUGGUUGCUCGUCGGCGGCGUCGCUCUCUCCUGGCUCGUUGAUUGUGCUUUCUCAUAAGGAGAAGGAGAUGACGAAUGCUUUGGAAGGAGCUGGUGCGCAGCCGACGGAUGCAGAGGUUGCUAAUGAGGUUGCUUUGAUGUCUCAGACUAAUAUGUAUAGGCCUGGAAUCGAUGUCACUCAGGCUGAGCUUGUUUCUCAUUUGAAUUGGAGACGGCAAGAGAGGACGGAGAUGGUUGGGAAUUGGAAAGCCAAGGUUUACGAUAUGCUUCAUGUGAUGGUGAGUGUGAAGUCAAGACGUGUCCCUGGUGCGAUGACUGAUGAAGAGCUCUUUGCUGUUGAUGAAGAGCGAGCUGCUGCUGCUACAGCAAAUGGUGCUGAGAAUGAUGGCUUGGAAGACGUGUUAACCCCUGAGGAGAGAGUUCAGUUUGAUUCAGCGAUUCGGAAUGGAAACGCCGAUGCUAUUGAAGAUGAUGAAGAAGUUAACGAUCACCAGGAGAAUGGAUCUCUUAAGGAGAAGAAGAGCUGGUUUGGUUGGAACAAGAAAGGCUUGAAUAAUGAAGGUGCUAAUCAAAAAGGGAAAAGCCAGAGAUCUUCGAUGGUGUCUGAUCAUUCAAGUGAGGAUCUUGGAGAGGCGAAGAAAGGGAAAGAGAAGAAGAAGAAGAAGAAGAAAGGUGUUGCUGGAGAUGAGGUCAAGCGUGAGAGUGAAUACAAGAAAGGACUAAGACCAGUCUUGUGGUUAACACCGGACUUUCCUCUUACGACAGACGAGCUUUUGCCUCUCCUUGACAUAUUGGCUAAUAAGGUCAAAGCCAUUAGGAGACUCAGAGAGCUUCUCACAACUAAACUUCCACCAGGCACAUUCCCUGUAAAGCUUGCCAUUCCCAUUAUACCGACGGUUAGAGUUGUUGUUACUUUCACGAAGUUUGAAGAGCUUCAGGGGGCUGAGGAGGAGUUCUCAACGCCGCCGUCUAGUCCAGUGUUUCAUGAUGCAAAGUCAUCAACUUCAGAGAACUCAUCACCGUCAUGGAUGUCAUGGAUGAGAAGUGGCAAAUCAAGUGACAACGAUAGUAACCGUUACAAAGACGAGGUUGACCCUUUCUUGAUACCUUCAGAUUACACAUGGGUGGAUUCAGCUGAGAAGAAACGUCGGAUGAAAGCUAAGAAAGCUAAGAGCAGGAGGAAGAAACAGGCGUCUGGGGCUACAAAGCCUGCGUCUGCUGGUGACUCAAGUAACCGUUCGAAUCAAGUAGCGGAAGAAUGA